UGUUGCUACGUUCGUUACCUUCCCAGCGUUUGACGGGGCUGGAAAGUCCCUUUCAAAUGGUCUUCAGUCUGAAAAUGAGAAUACGUUUUUAGAGCAUUAAUAACUAUUAUGUGUUUAGCAUUAUUACGUUCAACCUAUACAUAGGCGUUGUGAGAGUUCUAGCUAGCAAACAACCGCUAUAUCACUUCAGUUUGAGGGUGUACAUUGGCUAGGUGGCCAGCCAGGCUCUUUGUGUGGGGAUGUUUUGUUUUUGUUGAGCAUCACAGCUCUCGUGGCUUGUUAGAUAAUUUGCAAUGUGUUGAAGGCCAUAAGAUUGAUAGCAUACGGUGCGAAUUUUGACUGAAAGGUUAGAGAAAGUGGCCUGUGGACGUUGCAAAGCAAGAUAUAAGGAGUUUGACGUCGAGGAGAUGGGGAAUUGUCUAAAAUCUCCAACCUCGGAUGAUAUUUCCUUGCUUCAUGAAUCACAAUCGGAUAGAGCUAGUUAUGGUGAUGGGGCAGAUCCAGAUCAGGAACCACCGCCACCAUACCAGGAGCAGCCCUAUGUGCCAGUGUACCACCCCACGCCCAGUCAGGCCCGCCUGGCCAGCCAUCUAACAGAGGAGGAGCAGGUCCGCAUUGCCCAACGCAUCGGCCUCAUACACCACCUCCCCAAGGGAGUGUACGACGCUAGCAGGGACGGCUCCGAGAAGAAAAUCAGAGAGUGUGUGAUUUGUAUGAUGGACUUUGUGUAUGGAGACCCCAUCCGGUUCCUGCCCUGCAUGCACAUCUACCACAUGGACUGUAUAGAUGACUGGCUGAUGCGCUCCUUCACCUGCCCCUCCUGCAUGGAGCCAGUGGAUGCUGCGCUGCUCUCCUCCUACGAGACCAACUGAGACACAACAGCACCACCGCUACCACCCCUGCACACUGUUGUGACUUACUCCCGCAUUCCACCUAUGCGGCCCCCUCCAGCAUCCUCAUGACCCACAGACAGCACCUCCAACAACGGGGAGGGUCACAGCCUCUGGGAGCAGUUGAGGGCUGUGUGGUGGUGCUGUGGAGGCGAUGGAUGGCUAACACAGAGAGGGGGCCUCUACCUUCUGGCCUGGCCUGCUGGACAGGAAAGCCCAGGCUGGGGGAGGACUGUGGAUACUGGUGAUCAAGACUGCCUCUUACUGUCAUAUAUCACCCUCUGUCCACAGCCAGAAUUCUCCUCUCUCUCACUACCACACUGUUGUCGUAAACGGCCACGCUAGAAGGGAGGGGAAGGAAAGAAAUGCCUUAAAACUCUCUAGAAAUACAGAUAUAUGCAAAGAUCUCUUGCAAGGAGGUGAUUCACUGGCUUUCCUCUCCUUAACAUUGUGUUCAAGUCAGAACCUCUGUUCUACCAGUCAUCUUAAGGGCUCAUUGGAUUCGUUUUACUAAUACAGAGGAGCAAACUAUUAAUGCACAUGUACACAAAUCAGAAGAACUUCCACUUAUUUUCUAGCCUCAGUGGAAGAGUUCAGCAUAUGCUUACAAAAUAUUUGAAUAGAAACACUUAAUUUUCUCAUAUUCAGUAUCCGCAACAUGAUUGUUUCAACACAAUGGUAGCUUUGUUUUCCUGAAGUUGACACUGUAUCCUUAAUUGGUGAGUUUCUUAGACUAAUGAUCAGUCAAAAACUGAUCAUAUUGGAAGCAGAGGUUUGUUGGUCUGCUAGAGGUUGGUCACAAUGUGUUUUUGAUCAAAGUACUCUUGUUUAGCACAGUCUUUCUAGACUGCACAUCACGUUUCAUACCAGAGAUAUUCAACCUUCAAUUCACUCCAUUCAGAACAAGUGUCUUAGUCAUAUUACCAAGACCAUAUGAUUUAUCAUAAUUAGGCCCCUGUGUUUUGGUUGAUCAUGUCACAUGACCUGGAUUUUAACUUUUUAUUUUUUAGCCUUUUCCAGAAAUUAGAAUUUAGAUUAAACAUGAAAGCAAUUGUCUAAGGAUGGAGCUGGUACAUCUGACAUAAAAAGUUUGAUGAAAAAGCUUUAAAUAAUGGUUGAAAUCCAGGUCAUGUGACAUGAUUAACCAAAACACAGGGCCCUAGUUCAUAAUGCAUACACACAAGUCAUUCAGUUAAUUUCAAUGAAUUAAGUCACAUGCCCUAGUGUUUAUUUAUUAGUUCAACAUAUGAAUCAUCACGUUGUUGUGCAAGAGGUUUGGAAAUGAGUGUGCUAACCACCUCAAAUCCUUAGAUGUUUGUGUUCGUCUGCAUCUGUCUGAGCACGUGUGUUUCUUCAUCCUACUUGUAAAUAAUGUUGUUUUUCCAAGACUUUCCUGAUUUUCAUACUUAAAUAUAGAAAAAAAUCCUAAUGUAUUAUAAUAACAUACUGGGAAAACAAACUAUUCAAUCAGCACAGUUCGCUGUAACCAAUAGUUAAUAAAUAAUGGGUGUGGUUUUGGUCAUGUUAUGUUGCUGUAUUUUGACUGGCUCCAAUUAAAUGUAAAUGUUUAUUUAAAUUUUAUUUUAAAUGGGGGCAAGGUAUCUUUCAUGUUAAGUGAUCAUUUUGCGACAUUUAAUAAAAGUAUUUUAGAUGUACUUUGUUAAUUGAAAACCUGUUCUCUCAUAGUUGGGAAAAAUAUGCAAAUGUUCCAUAAAUUACUAUGAAAGCAUAAAAUGUUGAUCUAUUUUGUUAGUUCGAAGUUUUUGGAUGUGAAGAGCGGUAUAUUAUCUAUUUUACAAAGGAAGUAAUGUAGUAACUUGUUAUCGCUGUUUUCUCCUCAUCCCAGACAUUGAAUUCACCACCGCCAGCUCUCUUUGGCAUUCAGAGGGCUAGUCACAUUCGUAAUAAUUGACAGAUCUUUGAUUUUCUCAGUGGAGGUAGAAAACAUGCCUUCAGUGAUCAUUAGUCCACUGUUGAUACAGUCCCAAAAGGUUUUCAAGAAGCAAAGUGUCACUUGCCACAUCAUUAUGAUGAUGCAAAAUGCAUUAUUUGUUAUGAAACGCACAAGUGUGAUGAUGUGGCAGGUGACACUUUGCUUCUUGAAAAUCCUAUGUAUUGAAAACUUGACAGCUGAUAUGCAAAACAUUUUGGGACCGUAUCAACAGUGGGCUAAUGGAAAAAAAUCACCAGAAGAUAGUGUUUGUGUGGAUUUUUCCUUAAAUCUUUUAGUUUUAUUUUGAUCUCCAUUCAAUGUGGAGUUCCAUUCCCUUAGGUCUUAUGAGAUGGAGGUUGAUUAGCUCCCAGGCUGGCAUGGGACCCAUAUUAUCUCAAAGAGAUGAGGGGAGUGAAAAUGGAUCCCAGACAUGACUUAGGAAUGGCCUGGUCGUUGCCGAUAAGUUUUAAGGACACUAGAGAUGGUGGGAAUACUGAAAGAUGAAGCAACAAUGAGAUUGUGUACUUCAAAUUAUCCAAAGCCCCCAACAGCAUAAAUUACAGGAAUGCACUGCAAGACUAGAAGAUAUACAAUACCAAUCAAAAGUUUUAGAACACCUACUCAAUCUAGGUUUUUUAAUACUAUUUUCUACAUUGUAGAAUAAUAGUGAAGAGAUCAAAACUAUGAAAUAACACAAAUGGAAUCAUGUAGUAACCAAAAAAGUGUUUAACAAAUCAAAAUAUAUUUGAGAUUUGAGAUUCUUCAAAGUAGCCACCCUUUGCCUUGAUGACAGCUUUGCACACUUGGCAUUCUCUCAACCAGCUUCAUGAGGUAAUCACCUGGAAUGCAUUUCAAUUAACAAGUGUGCCUUGUUAAAAAUGAAUUUGUGGAAUUUCUUUCCUUAAUGGGUUUGAGCCAACCAGUUGUGUUGUGACAAGGUAGGGGUGGUAUACAGAAGAUAUCCCUAUUUGGUAAAAGACCAAGGCCAUAUUAUGGCAAGAACAGCUCAAAUAAGCAAAGACAAAGGACAGUCCAUCAUUACUUUAAGACAUGAAGGUCAGUCAAACCUGAAAAUUUCAAGAACUUUGAACGUUUAUUUAAGUGUAGUUGCAAAAACCAUCAAGCGCUAUGAUGAAACUGGCUCUCAUGAGGACCACCACAGGAAAGGAAGAACCAGAGUUACCUCUGCUGCAGAGGAUAAGUUCAUUAGAGUUACCAGCCUCAGAAAUUCCAGCCCAAAUAUUUUUUUAUUUUCACCUUUAUUUAACCAGGUAGGCCAGUUGAGAACAAGUUCACAUUUACAACUGCGACCUGGCCAAGAUAAAGCAAAGCAGUGUGACACAAACAACAACAUAGAGUUACACGUGGAAUAAACAAACGUACAGUCAAUAACACAAUAGGAAAAAAUCUAUAUACAGUGUGUGGAAAUGAGGUAAGAUUAGGGAGGUAAGGCAAUAAAUUGGCUGUAGUGGCGAAGUAAUUACAAUUUAGCAAUUAAACACUGGAGUGAUAGAUGUGCAGAAGAUGAAUGUGCAAGUAGAGAUACUGGGGUGCAAAGGAGCAAUAGUAAAUAAAUAACAAUACGGGGAUGAGGUAGUUGGAUGGGCUAUUUACAGAUGUGCUAUGUACAGGUGCAGUGAUCUGUGAGCUGCUCUGACAGCUGAUGCUUAAAGUUAAUGAGGGAGAUAUGAGUUUCUAGCUUCAGUGAUUUUUGCAAUUCGUUCCAGUCAUUGACACCAGAGAACUGGAAGGAAAGGCGGCCAAAGGAGGAAAAGGCUUUGGGGGUGACCAGUGAAAUAUACCUGCUGGAGCGCGUGCUACGGGUGGGUGCUGCUAUGGUGACCAGUGAGCUAAGUUAAGGCGGGGCUUUACCUAUUACCUAGCAAAGACUUAUAGAUGACCUGGAGCCAGUGGGUUUGGCGACGAAUAUGAAGCGAGGGCCAGCCAACGAGAGCAUAUACAGGUCGCAGUGGUGGGUAGUAUAUGGGGCUUUGGUGACAAAACGGAUGGCACUGUGAUAGACUGCAUCCAAUUUGCUGAGUAGAGUGUUGGAGGCUAUUUUAUUAAUGAUAUCGCCAAAGUCAAGGAUCGGUAGAAUAGUCCGUUUACGAGGGUAUGUUUGGCAGCAUGAGUGAAGGAUGCUUUGUUGCGAAAUAGGAAGCCGAUUCUAGAUUUAAUUUUGGAUUGGAAAUGCUUAAUGUGAGUCUGGAAGGAGAGUUUACAGUCUAACCAGACACCUAGGUAUUUGUAGUUGUCCACAUAUUCUAAGUCAGAACCGUCCAGAGUAGUGAUGCUGGACAGGUGGGCAGGUGCGGGCAGCGAUCGGUUGAAGAGCAUGCAUUUAGUUUUACUAGCAUUUAAGAGCAGUUGGAGGCCACGGAAGGAGAGUUGUAUGGCAUUGAAGCUCGUCUGGAGGUUAGUUAACACAGUGUCCAAAGAAGGGCCAGAAGUAUACAAAAUGGUGUCGUCUGCUUAGAGGUGGAUCAGGGUAUCACCAGCAGCAAGAGCAACAUCAUUGAUGUAUACAGAGAAAAGAGUCAACCCGAGAAUUGAACCCUGUGGCACCCCCAUAGAGAUUGCCAGAGGUCCGGACAACAGGCCCUCCGAUUUGACACACUGAACUCUGUCUGAGAAGUAGUUGGUGAACCAGACGAGGCAACCAUUUGAGAAACCAAGGCUGUUGAGUCUGCCGAUAAGAAAAUGCUUCACAGUGUUCAAGUAACAAGAAUCUCAAUAUCAACUGUUCAGAGGAGACUGCAUGAAUCAGGCCUUCAUGGUCAAAUUGCUGCAAAGAAACCACUACUAAAGUAUACCAGUAAGAAGACUUGCUUGGGCCAAGAAACAUGAGCAGUGGCCAUUAGACCGGUGUAAAUCUGUCCUUUGGUCUGAUGAGUUCAAAUUUUAGAUUUUUGUUUCCAACCGCCGUGUCUUUGUGAGGCGCAGAGUAGGUGAACGGAGGAUCUCACUUGUAGUUCCCACCGUGAAGCGUUAAGGAGAUGGUGUGAUGGUGUGGGGUUGCUUAGCUGGUGACACUGUCUGUUAUUUAUUUAUAAUUCAAGGCACACUUAACCAGCAUGGCUACUACAGCCUUCUGCAGCGAUACGCCAUCCCAUCUGGCUUGCAAUUAGUGGGACUAUAAUUUGUUUUUCAACAGGACAAUGACCCAACACACCUCCAGGCUGUGUAAGGGCUAUUUGACCAAGAAGGAGAGUGAUGGAGUGCUGCAUCAGAUGACCUGGCCUCUGCAAUCACCCAACCUCAACCCAAUUGAGAUGGUUUGGGAUGAGUUGGACCGCAGAGUGAAGGGAAAUCAGCCAACAAGUGCUCAGCAUAUGUGGGAACUCCUUCAAGACUGUUGGAAAAGCAUUCCAGGUGAAGCUGGUUAAGAGAAUGCCAAGAGUGUGCAAAGCUGUCAUUUUAGUCCUAUUCUCCCCUGGGUGUAAAGAGACCAGGAGUUGCACCAACAGUGUUAGGGGUGUGUAGAUACUUUGAAGAAUCUCAAAUAUAAAAUAUAUUUUGAUUUGUUUAAACCUUUUUGGUUACUACAUGAUUCCAUGUGUUAUUUCAUAGUUUUGAUGUCUUCACUAUUAUUCUACAAUAUAGAAAAUAGUAAAAAUAAAGAAACACCAUAGAUUUUUUAGUUAACUAGGCAAAUCAGUUAAGAACAAAUUAUUUUUUAAUAUGACGGCCUACCCCAGUUGUGUGCCUCCCUAUGGGACUCACAAUCACAGCCGGAUGUGAUAGCCUGGAUUCAAACCAGGGACUAUCAUCUCUCUUGUACUGAGAUGUAGGUCCUUAGACCACUGUGCCACUCAGGAGCCUAACGAAUGACUAGGUGUGUCCAAACUUUUGACUGGUACUGUAUGUAAGGAGUGUUUGUACAGUAUGUGUGUUUGUAUAGGUGCCUGUGAGAAUUUUCUUUGUAAAGUAUACACAUGCAUAUGAUAUGUACUACAGGCAAAUAACAAAUAUAAACUAUGCUAUGGGA